GGGCCUGCCGGUGACAGCAGUACAGAGCUCGACUGCGCGCCGAGGUCGGCGCGCAGGCGCGAGCUGCCCUCCUCGCUCGGAGUCGGCUUGGGAAGUGCGCACGCGCGAGAGUUUCUGGCAGAAAGCAGGCGAGCAGCGGCCAGCGCGGAGCCUUGUGGGAGGGCUUGAGGAAGUAAAAUGGCGGACCUGGCGAACGAAGGUAGGGGAGGCGCCGUCGAGGUCCAGCUGGCGGCCAGCGAACGGGCGGGGGAAGGUCCAAAAGCCACAGGCCCGAGGGAAAAACCUGCCAUUGCUCCGCCCGUCUUUGUGUUUCAGAAGGAUAAAGGACAAAAGUCCUCUGCAGAGCAAAAAGACUUGUCGGAUUCGGGAGUGGAGCCUCAGGGGGAGGCUGAGGCUCCCCACCAUGGCCCAGGUCACCCUGAGUCAACUGGUGAGCAUGCUCUAGAGUCUCCUGCCCCCGCUAGCGCUUCAGCCAGCGCUCCUGAAGCCCAGCUUCCUCCUUUUCCACGAGAACUGGCAGGGUUACAGGCACCAAACCAUAGGCGCAAGAAGAAGCCGUGUUCGGCCAAGAGGUCAGCUGGAGGCUCCAGCCCUGAAGGUGGUGAAGAUUCUGACAGAGAAGAUGGAAAUUACUGCCCUCCUGUCAAGCGAGAAAGGACGUCCUCUUUAACCCAGUUCCCACCUUCACAGUCAGUAUCAAAAAACAAUGUUUUUAUGCCAUCAACCUUCUGCGAGCCAUCUGCAGGCAAUUCUGACUCAGAACCAGAGGAAAAGAGCAGUGGGUUCCGGUUGAAGCCACCAACACUGAUCCAUGGCCAGGCACCCAGUGCAGGUCUGCCAAGCCAGAAGCCCAAGGAGCAGCAGCGGAGCGUGCUUCGCCCGGCAGUGUUACAAGCCCCACAGCCAAAGGCACUCUCACAGGCCGUUCCAAGCAGCGGCACCAAUGGGCUCAGCAUCCCAGCAGACUGCACAGGAACAGCAACAUCGACAUUGACAUCGCCUGACAACCCCACACAGAGAAGUCCACCUGAUGAGGCGCCAGCACCUGAGGAGAAAGAGCCCCAGAAAAAUGAGUCUAGCAGUACUUCUGAGGAGGACAGCUGUGAGAAAAAAGAGCAAGUUGCACAGCAAGCGUUUGUAUUUGGGCAGAACUUGAGGGACAGAGUUAAGUUAAUAAAUGAAAACACUGAAGCAGCUGACAUGGAAAAUGCCGGACACCUCAGUUCAGAAACACCAACCGCGACCAACUAUUUUCUUCAAUAUAUCAGCUCCAGUUUAGAGAACUCGACCAAUAGUGCCGAUGCCACCAGCAACAAAUUUGUAUUUGGCCAGAACAUGAGUGAGCGCGUAUUGAGUCCACCCAAAUUAAAUGAGGUCACUUCAGAUGCCAACAGGGAGAACUCAGCUGUCGAGUCUGGGUCCGAGUCUUCAUCCCAGGAGGCCACCCCUGAGAAAGAGUCCCUGGCCGAAUCGGCAGCCGCCUACACCAAGGCAACAGCGCGGAAGUGUUUGUUGGAAAAAGUGGAAGUUAUCACCGGGGAGGAGGCAGAGAGCAACGUGUUACAGAUCCAGUGUAAGCUGUUUGUCUUUGACAAGACCUCGCAGUCUUGGGUGGAGAGAGGCCGGGGACUGCUGAGACUCAACGACAUGGCAUCGGCUGACGAUGGGACAUUACAGUCCCGACUAGUGAUGCGGACCCAGGGUAGCCUGCGGCUGAUCCUCAACACCAAGCUGUGGGCUCAGAUGCAGAUUGACAAGGCCAGUGAGAAGAGCAUUCGCAUCACAGCCAUGGAUACCGAGGACCAGGGCGUGAAGGUCUUCCUGAUCUCGGCCAGCUCCAAGGACACGGGCCAGCUAUAUGCCGCCCUGCACCACCGCAUCCUGGCCCUGCGCAGCCGCGUGGAGCAGGAACAGGAGACCAGAACACCUGCCCCCGAGCCUGGUGUGGCCCCAUCCAAUGAAGAUGACAGUGACGAUGACGACGUCCUAGCUCCGUCAGGGGCCACAGGAGGCGGUGAGCCAGCAGUCCCUGCCCUGGAGGGCACAAGGGGGCUGGUUUCCUAGAUCCCCUCUCAUCCAUUGCCGUUGGCCCGAGGGUGACAUCUUGGUGUGGAAGCCUGACCCCGGGGGCUGGGGUGCCUUCCAGAGUGGGGACCUGAUGGCGAGGCCACUGCUUCCCACAGGCGCUGACAACGAAGGGGACGGGCAGACAGCUGGGAGCACAUAGCGCCGGGAGCUGGCCACCCAGGAGCCUGCUGCUUUGUCCGUCUGUCCACCCACCCGCCCGCCCCUCUCCGGCUGCGUCGAGGUGCGGGCCCCGGGAACCACACUCCCCGCUGGGUUGGCCACAGUCCGGAUCCGCAAGGCCCGUUCAGAAGCAGACUUGGGAGCUGCCUGAAUGUGGUUUGGGACACGAGACCUCAUCAUAUUGAUGAGCAAAACAAAAAGAACAUUUCUUCCCUCCCUCCUUUGAAUUGAAAUGGCACAUUAAGACUUGUCACGGCUUCUCACUGGGACUGGGAUGCCUGGUUUCUUCACCCCUCUCAUGCCGCCGCCAUACCUGUGGGUUUCUGCCACCUGCCCAGGCUACCAGGUCUGCUCCCACAAGUGUAAACACUGGCCCUGCUGGAUAUUCUGCUAACUACUAUCUUUAUCUCCCCUUCCCCACCUUCUGAUUUGGGGUAUAUGUUUUUAGGUUUCUUUUCCCCCAAGGCGCUUUUUUUUUUUUUUUUUUUUUUUUGGUUUCUUAGAUUAAGAUGUUCCUGCGUAUUGAGCAGGCACAGCUCCAGUGUCCUCGUUCUCCCUAUGGUCAUGGCUUGUGUGCUGGGGCCUUACUGGGGAGCUUGGGGUGCUCUGAAGGCUCCCACUUGUUCCCCACCUGGGGCUCCUCCAAGCUAUGAAGGGGUGUUGAGGGGUAGGCCUCAUACCUAGAGAGAGCUUAUCUAGAAAAGGGUCACUGGAUCUAGGAGGGUAUGAGGGGGCUGGUUUCUUAGAUCCCCUCUCAUCCAUUCCCGUUGCCCAGAGGGUGAUGUCUUGGUGUGGAGACCUGGCCCUAUUGGAUGGGGUGCCUUCCAGAGUGGGGACCUGACAGUGAGGCCACUGCUUCCCACAGGAGCUGACAAAGAAGGGGAUGUGCAUAGCACCCCUCCCCUCUUGCUUGUCCCCAUCACGUGGGUCACCCACCAUCAGAUACCCAGGCACACACCUGCUUUCUACUGUUGGCCAUUCCUUGCCCAGCCCUGGAUGUCACCAUCCCCAAGACCAUCCAGGGCCAGGGGCCUCCAUAACAGGCAGAUGGGGUCCCUAAGCAGGGCCUCUGAGGAGUGGCAGGGGACUGGUUCCAGACUACAGACUGCUGUCCCAACACUCACAGCACACACGGGAGCCGAUGCUGUGCCCACCCCAGGGAAGGCCAAGACCCCAGGUGGGCGCCAACCCCCCUUGCAAAGAAGGUCCCUGUUCACAGGGCCCCGGGGGAUUUUAGAAGAAAUUAUCCAGCCCACUCAUAGGAAGAAGGCCUGGUCUCCAUAGCUGUGCCACCCACACCUUGGGUUGACUAUUUGCAGCCUGAGCCAUGGGAAGACACCAAAGCCCUUCCCUUACCACCCCUCCUCCCACCCCCAGCAGAUCUGGCUACAUUUCUCUGCUUUAAGCCUUAGCCAACUAGUGACAAGUAAAACCAGAUAAUGCCCAUGUGUUUUGGAACAUUUAUGUAAGAUUGUCAUAUGAAAUGUAUUUGGGAACUACAUUAAAACUUUUAACUAAA